UCUGAUGGUAAACAAAUUUGCUGGGCAGUAGCGAUUUAGUGCAAGAUGUUCCAAAGUGUGCCCACACUUCAUCAACCAUUACAUUCUAAGGUUUCGAACUAUCUUAAUGACCAACGUCGUACGGGACAAUAUUGUGAUCUUAUAAUCGCUUUAAGCGAUACGGAGCAUUUUGUGUUCGCACAUUAUUGCGUUGUUGGUGCGCAAAGCCGAUACGUCGGUGGACCACAUUUAAUACAAAAGUUACUACAGUUUUCAAUUCAUAAUCCUUUAAAGAUAAUUAUUAACGAUUUUAAGUGUGCUCAAUGUUUGCAAACUAUGGUUGAUUUUUUUUAUGAGGAUAUUGUGUCAAUUGCCACAGAACAUGAAAUGCAUUUUAAGACACUAGCAAAUCGCCUUGAAGUCACUGAGCUAUUGAGUUUAUAUCAAAGUAAAGGUGAAGAACAUUGUGAGGGAAUGGGCAACAGUGCUAUUGUAGAGGUUAAUGAAACUAUCAAUGCAGCUGCAUUGGAAAAUAAAGAUGUGAAAGCAGACAUUAAUAUGGCAACAAAUACAAUUUUAAAUGAGGAAAGAACGUACUUUAAGUUAAGAAAUCCACAUAAUACUUCUGCAAAUAAUAAAAUGAAUAAUUGCAUGGCAUGUGAAUUUAAAUGUUAUAACGUCAAAGAUAUGAUAGCACAUAUGCAUUGCUGCGAGGCUUCACAUCUAACGUGUUCACUUUGUGAAGUCGGCUUUACUGCUUGGCGGGAGUAUGAAUUACAUUUAAGGAAACAUAGCAGUGACUUGAAGAAACCAUUUUUCUGUUUAGAGUGCGAUGCUCGAUUUGUUACUCGCACUAGCUUAUUUGUGCAUUUCCCAAAACAUUCGACUGAAACGCCACAUCAAUGUACACAUUGUGACAAAGCAUUCAAAUGGAAACAUGGACUCCGGGAUCAUUUACUUAGUCACAACAAGGAAAAGCAAAUGCUUUGCGAUGUUUGUGGAUUUAGCACGACAAACAUGAAAGCAUUAAAAUCUCACAAAUUGCUACACACGGGAGAAUUUUUCAAGUGUCCCUUUACAGAUUGUAAGCACAGUACAAACCGAAAGGAAAAUCUUAAACUACAUAUAGAAACACAUAAGCAAGAACGUCCAUUUGUUUGUGAAAUAUGCGGUUGCAAAUUUAGUCAAAAUAAAAACUUAAAAAGGCACGCUAUCAAACAUUCAGCAACAGAAACAAACAAGUAUAAAUGCCAACUGUGUAGUUUUGCAAGUCAUCGCUCCGACAAAGUUAAAGAACACACACAGCGAAUGCAUACGGAAAAGGCUGUAGUGUUAGAACUAUCGGAAGUUGUGGAAAAUUCCUUUGAAAACCAAACUGACGAUACAUUUCAAUUAUUACCUAUACAAUUAUUAACAACUAAGCACAACAUCGAAGAGAAAAUGAAACCACAAAAAAAUAAGAAAAAAUUUAUUAAAAAAGUACCAGAAACAAUUGAAGUUACUAAGAGUAUACGUAAUAUCUUGCCAAAAACUACAGUAGAUGAUGUUAGUAUACUUCCUGCGACAUUACUAAAUAUUGAAACUUAUGAAGACAUUGCUGUGAUUGAAAGCAUUUGAUACUUGAGUGUUUGUCCAAUUUAAAUAAUUAUAGUCUUGUUAGAAAGCGAUUUGAGUGUCUGCUUUCAUACAUAUAUGAUACUUUAAGCAUCGAUUCUAAAAAAUCAGAUUUGUGUUUAUUGGUAUUGUCGAUUUCAUACACGGGUAACUAAAGAUUAAUCAAAGAAAAUAUGCUAAUGCAACUAUUCCUUCAUAGGUUUAAUCGAAUAACAUGAAUUUAUUUCGAAAGGUGACUAACACCUUGACAGUAGAUCAAUUAAUGAAACAAAUCAUUCUAAUUGUCCCCAAUUCAUUCUUACUCUUAAGUAAUUCCCUCCUCUAUCACACUACCAUUACCUCCAUUACACAUCCUUACUCAUGUAUACGUUUUUGUGAUUCCUUUCAUGUUACCCACUUUAUAUAUCUUUGCGGGUUACAACAACAACAACGUGAAACAGAUCAGUAAAACAAUGAGAAGUGGUUUAAAAGUGUUCAAUACAGCUUUACUUACAAAGGCCAACUAGUGUUUAAUACAACGCAAACCAGAGCUCAGUGUGUGCCCCAAUGUGUAAGGCCAAGGCAAUUAGCAGCACUGAUACUAAACAAUUUUCUGUUUAUUACAGUCUUUCUACCAUAUGAAGCAUAAAUAGAUAAUAGAUAAUGUUAGCAUAUUAGCUAUUAAGGAAAAUGUGCUGUACCAUUUUAACCAGCUGGUAUAUAUCGGACAUUUCCGUAUAUGUAUGCAAGUUAAAAGUAAAAAAAUUUUUUUUUUACUUUUAAGAAGAACUACCAUGACUCACUUUUAAGACUUAUAAAUUAACUUAAACACGCCGCGCCUGUGUUCAAAUCAAUAUAACUAUUGUAAAUUAAUAACAAAUAUAAAAAAGA